AUGAGCAUCACCCAUGAUAUUCCAGUGUCAGAAUUAGGAGUCAGGUUUCGACCCACUGAUGACCAACUUAUUCGCUAUCUAAUCAAAUUUGUUUCUUCAAACAAUUACGUUUGCAAUGAUAUUCAAUUUGAAGAUCUUUACGGGAGUAAGAAGCCAUGGGAGUUAUUGGAAGACUCAUCAGAUACUAAAUAUUUCUUUACUCAAUUAAAGAAGUUAGAACCGUACCAUACAAGGUUUAUUCGGACUUUGGUUGGAGGAGGAAGUUGGAAAGGGAAGGCUAAAGGAAAACCGGUAGGGGCAAAGAAAGUUGGGAUCAAAAGAAGUUAUAACUAUGAAGAAAAUAAAAAGGAUGGUGAGGAUGAAGUUAAUGAUGUUUCUUGGAUUAUGAAAGAGUAUAGUCUUGACGACAAGGUAAUAAAGUUGUUAAUAAAGUACGAGGAUGUUGUUUUGUGCUACAUUAGGUGUAAAGUAAAAGAAUCAGGAAAUCAUAUGCCUACAACAACUGCCAGUGAAAACGACGAUGAUACACAACCCCAGGGGCCUAUCUGCACUGAUGAAUCAGGAAAUCAUAUGCCUACAACAACUCCCCGUGGAAACGAUGAUGAUGAUGAUAUACAACCCCAGGGGCCUAAUGAAUAUGGAUAUGGUGAUCAACUUCCUCAACAGAUGGCGAAGCCAUUGCAAAAUAUUGAAUCAGGAUAUGUUGGAUGUGAUGAUGAGAAGAUGAACGAUAUGACAACACAACCCCAGUGGCCUAACUAUAAUAGUAUUCAGUCAUUGCUAUUAGGAGACUAUCAUGAUCCAACAACAUUGACUAAUGAGAUGAUGAACAUCACUGCAACUCAAUAUACUUCUGUUGAUGAGUUUUUAAACAGCGGCCAAAGCUUCUCGUCGUUACUGGGAUGA